AUGAACAUCAUAUACGUAAUCUAUUACUACUUUUUAAUUUUAUUUUUUAUAAAUUCCUGGCAUCUAUGCUUAUGUUCCGAAAACCAAAAAAAAACUAAUGCUACUGUUCAUAAUAGCACAAGAACGAAUACAUUAAAAAAAAAUAAUAGUAAUAAAAAUAAUAAUAAUAAUACAAAUGAUAUAUUUGGUUUAAGCCCCUCUGAAGUACCUAAUUUAAUAGAUGAUGAAGA